UAAAUCGUUCAUGCGAGAGCGAAUUAUGCUUGCAAGAACUAAUUGCAGCCGAUGAAAAGUAGUAGUGAACGUCGAGCACGUGACUCUAAAACGUAAUUUUCGAGCUGUUUCCGUUCAAUUCGAGGCAAAUAUGGGGUGCAAGUUGACGCAAAAUGCAUUUGAAUUAACUAACUAAGCAUAAAACUUGAUUUUCAGCAUUCUAAAUCUAUUUCACUCAUGUACAAGGCAUAAGCUUUGCUCCUACUAGCAAUACAACUACACAACCGUCUAAAUUUAAGCAGAUUCCAGCGUUUGCGAAACAAGACAGUCGGGACACCGUCAGUCAUCCCACAAGCCCAAUGACCUAAGCCACAUCCUGUUUCUCAUCCUGAGGCUAAGUUUAGGAGCUCCGCGAGGGGGCGUACCUCUAAUCAGGCCUGUGACCAUCGACCGGACGUGCCGCGACCAAUAAGGAUGGAUCCGAGAGGACGGGCACGGAGGGCUCAGAGCAGAAAGCCGAGAGAGUGAAGAGAGGACAGAGGGUCAGCUGAGAGGAGCUGGUGCCGAGUAAAAACUGUUGGUGAUGUGUGUGAGGCUGGUGUUGUUUGGUGAACGUUUUGUACAGCGAAGUGAAGGUCGAGGACCGGUGAAAGACGUUGGUGAUGCAUUCGACCGCUGAGGUUUUCAAAGAUAUCAGAAGCUGACAGGAACCGAUGCAAAUGGCGACGGUGUUGUUUGCUGAAUAUGGCAAUCAAUAUCAGUGACGGCAGGCGACGCCAUCGGCAUUCUGGCGACCAGCUCCUUCAGCCACCAGCGACCCCUGCCGUCGCCACCGUCUACUCAUCGAUUCAUCAGUACACCUAUCUUCUUCGAGACACUUUGCGCCGCCCUCCAGCCUAGCCAAGAGCGAUCGAUCGAUCUAGCCAAGAUCGAUUCGAGCGAUCGACGAAGCUCUUGCUUGUUGUAGCCAAGCUCCAUUCGUCCGGCUGUCCUUCGAACACUCUUCGGUUCACUGAAGCGCAGCUCUGCCGUUCCUGAAACGAAGCUCGGCCAUCGCCAGCCGCCCUGCCGUUCGCUGAAGUGUCGUCACGAUGUCUGACCGCGGUCCGUGCCGCACGCCGGCCGACCAGCUGGUCGCUCCCGAGUACCGCCGCUGGCGGCGCGAGCACGGCCUGCAGCUGCCGCUGCACGGUCAGCAGCUGGCCGCCUGGCUGCUGCUGCUGCUGUCAGCUGCUGUCAUGGGAGGCGUGCUGGUGCCGGCGCUGUGCCCGCCGCUGAGACUCCCCGCUGCCGUGCUGGCCGUCGUGGUUCUCCUAGUUCACGGUGUGACGCAUAUUGUGGCGACUUUGCUGGACCCUGCACAUGGUGACCUUCGAGCGAGAAGGGAGCGAGUCCCAGUGCCAGAGUUUGACAGAAACGUGCACGCCCAUGUUAUCGAAAACGGGCGAUGUCAUCUGUGCAACAUCGGAAUCACGUCAACAAGGACGAAACAUUGUUCCGUGUGUAACAAGUGCGUCGAUCAAUUCGAUCAUCACUGUAAGUGGUUGAACCACUGCAUUGGAAGAAGGAAUUACGGCUGGUUUCUGGCGUGUGUGACCAGCGCUGCAGCGGUGGCUCUUCUGGUUCUGGCUCUCUCCGCUGGGGAGAUUGUGCUUCUCUAUCUCAGUCCCGAGAGACUCGGGGAUUGUGUGAAGUGUGUGAACGGCACACAGGCUCUGGGGCCGAUUGAGGAGGGAACGAUGGAGAUGAGUCCCGACGGUUACGAGGCGGAUUCCGGCGCUUUCUGUUCUCCAAGGAUGACCAUGUUCGGCCUCCCAGCGCCUCGCUCCGUCUUUUUCUCAACAGCCGGAGUCUUCGCUCUGCUCUCACUCCUCUGCGGGAUCCUUCUCAUCCACCUGCUCCUCUUCCACGUCUACAUCAUGGCCCGUGACAUGACCACCUACGAGUACAUCCGUGGGCUCGCGGCACCUCGCACCAAAUCCCCCUCCAAACAGGCCAGUCCUCGGUGUCGUUUUUUAUCGGAGGCGCUGCACAAGAACAGGGUCCGGCCCGGCCCGCCCGUGCAGCCACCGUCGAGGGCCAGUGGCUCGACCUCGCCGGCGGGCCGUGUGUCGAGUCGCGGCUCGGCGCCACCCUCCCGGGCGAGUCGCCUGACCGGGGUCAGUGUGGAAACUCUGGCCAGGGAGGUCGAGGGGGGGAGAGGGAGGGUGGCCACUCUCCGGAGGGCUGCUCCUGGCCCCGGAGAGGCGGUGAGAAGACAGGCGGUGAGCUGGGAACUGUCGGUACCGUGGGUGAGAGCGGCGCAGGCGGAGACGCCUCCACGCCGCCCCGAGCCGAGACAGAGAGACGGAGGGACAGAGACACCCAGUCUGCCGCAGAACACAGAUCACUGCUGGCCAAACUGGUGAAAUCCGUCCGCGCCCUGUCAGCGUUUCCAGUCUUCAUGGCGCCGGCAGGGAUUACAGAAACUCCGCAGACCUGCGCGACAUCUAAUGGCGAAGCCGUUGGUGUCAGUAGUUCCACAACCGACCACCUAGCAUCGCCCCAGUCGCCGCCGCCCUCUGAAGCACUUCGUAAGGAGCCUGUGGGGCCAGUGGAGGCAUCUCAUGACCUCGAAUCACCGCCCCCAGGCGUGACCCAGGUCAUGUCACGGUGGCGGAGGACCUCUUUGCCGUGGCUUCUGCUGGACGGGUCUGGUGAUCCCAUUGAGCCCGAAAGUGCUAGUGCGGGAGACGAGGCUCUCUAUCACUGGACAGGACAGGUGCACACGACAGGCCAAACGCACACGUGACGAAUCCUAGCCCAUAGCACUUAUGUUGCUAUUUUGUGCAGGUUCGUGAAUGGAGGGUUGUUGUGGGCUAUGCGAAAGCCAGUCGGUGUUGAUGGACAUAUUUGUCGUGCAUAUAUGAGAUGAUGUGAUUGUU